UUUUAAGCGGUUCAGGCCAAGCAAGGUGUAUUUCAAAUUGUUGUUAAAUUUUCAAUGUUUUCACAUUCUGUACGACUUUAAAGAAGCGAAGUACCUGAAUCACAAAUGUAUCUGGCUUAAAAGUACUCAAAAUCGACACAGCCAAGUCCUCCAAUCCUAUUUUAUGUUAUAAUUAUGGCCAGAACUCUCGCGCCUCCAAAAACAAAAGUCAAAAAAGAACCAAAAAGUAAACCCAAAAAAGAACCAACGCUCAAAAAAGAACCGAAACCCAAAAAGGAGCCAAAGCCCAAAAGAGAACCAAAACUAAAAAGGAAACUAAGUGAAGAUGAGGACUUCGAAGAACCACUACCAGACGAUGAACAAUCAGAUGAUAAGUUCACCUCCAAGGAAAGCGAGUAUGGAAAAUUUGAGUCAUACAACCGAGAAAAAGCUUGGAAACUUAAAAAAAUCCCCCAUCACCUUAUCCCAGCCUUCAAUAUGACGAAAACCUUUGACAUAAAAAGUGUCCGAAGUAUGCCCCUUGUCCAAAUAUCCGUGCCUCACUCCUUGUAUGUUAGCUCCAGAUUCUCAGAAACCAUAGACAUUUGCCAUCGAAGGACACUUGCCAUAAAUUCUUAUAUGACUCGUGUCAAAAAUAUGAAGACAGCUUAUUUAACCGCGAAAAAAAGACAUAAAAACAUUCGGAAGGACGAAAAAAAGGGGAUAUAUUAUAAGGCGAUGUUGGAAUUCGCAGAACGGCGAGAAAUGCACCCAGACAAGUACUUCUGUCACGAUUAUGACUUCUACUAUACCGGUGGUAACUUAUGCCAUAAUAAGAGAACAAAUCAAAUCGCCCAUGUGGAUGGAAUGAAUAUGAACACCCUAGUUCUCUCAGUUUUGAAUGUUCAAAAUAACAUUCCAAAAUUGCACAAACUAACCAGCAUUGAAUUAAGUAAUAACAAGAAAGAUGAUUGUGAAAUAUUUGACGUACAAUCUUCACUGUGCAGCGAUGAAUUAUGGUUCUUGCGACAAAAACAUUGUGUAUCUGUUCACGAAUUCAGUAAUGGCAAGAUAAAUUGUUUGCAAAACUUUAGAACCAAAGACGUUCCAUUUAUAAGUUUCACCCAAGACGUUGUCAAUACACAUCACCUAACCAUAACCGACCUGAUUCACAAAGUUCGGCUGUGUGAUAUUGAGAAAGGUGUUCCAAUUCUCACCCUGCGAAUGAUGCCAAGAGAGGAAGUGACCAUAUGGAACAAUUGGAACGCCAUCAAAUCGCUUGACAGUCAUGUUUAUAUAUAUUCGACGAGUAAAAAAGUGAGCAUAAUUGAUACACGAUUGUCGGAAAGCGAAUGGCAAAGCAAUUAUUGCGGAACCAAUCAGGAACACUCGUGUUUUAGUUUUUGCAGUCUUGCUCGCAGCAAAUUCGAAAACCUCUUCUACGUGGGAGCAAAUCACAAAGCCUAUUGUAUCGAUAAGCGUUAUAUGGGAAAAGAUGUUGAGAGUAAAAAUGCAACUGUGGCGACCUGGACACAUCAAAUGAGUUCUUUUCCACUGAUGAUGUCUACGUGUUGUUUCAACAACACAGAAUACAUCGCUCUGCAGAGUCCUCUGAACUCGGACUUGAGAAUAUUGGAAAAUAUGCAAUUUUUGAAAGAACGCGAACCAGACACGAAUAAAACUAAGAGAGCACGAAUGGACCUCCCACCAGAGUACUCGUAUAACUCUCCAUGUUUGCCAUAUAUGCCGCCGAGCCUAGAAAGUGUUUUCCGGGAAGCCCGUUUGAAUGGCAAAGCCAUAAAGCAAGGCACUGGAAUGUGUGACCGAGUUAAGGCCUGUAUCACUGGCCUUUACUUUACUGACGAUAUCGAAUGUCCAUACUUGAUUACAGCCACUAGCAAUGGGGAUGUUUUUGCACGACAAGUCUGCAAUCCCAACGAUGAUAUAAAGCCUGAUACAGCCACCGCCAGUGAUGUAAUAAGCAAGUUCGAAGAGAAUAUCUUCAGGUCAGUUCGUAAGACUCCGAUCUCAGUAACAGAUGUCUUCGAUUUUUCGGGUAUUUCCAAAGUAUUCAGAUGUGCAGUGUUGAGUAGCGGAGAUAAUCAAGAAGAAAAAGACCUGUAUGCAACCAAACGCAAAUAUAUGGGACGAUGGCAGAAAUCCAUACAAUCCCUCUCAAAGUACAAAGAUGCUCUGGCCUAUGACUUAUUUUCGAUCUGGGACUUCGAAGAUUUUGAGGAUGACAAAGAUGUGAAUAUAAUCGCUCUAAAUAAUACUGAAACGGACGCAUUCAAAGUGAGUGGUUGGUUAGAAAAUACACCAGACAUUCCGGCACAUAGCACGAUGCUCAAUAUGACAUCCAUCCCCAUGGAUGUACUCAAUUCUACAAAAAUAAAUUCCACUCUGGGUGAUAUUUCUUUCAAUGACCAUGACCGAACGACGGAGAGUACAAUAAAAGUUGAAUUGAGUCAAACUGUCCCUGCUAAACCUAAGACUGCAAAAAAGAAAUCUCGAUACAUAAAAGGAUUUUAGAAUGGAAUCGAAUUUUAUUUUGUCAUCAUUUAAUAAAGAAUGUAAUUUAUUGUUGUUAAACGUUUUAGUGAUUAGAUUAGCUAUAUAGGAAAGAUAGAUUCUUCAAUUUUGUAUUGAGUUUUUAAAGACCAAGGUUCGAAAGUGUUUUUCAACAUCAUAAAAACGAAUGUUCAAAUGUUUUGUAUUAUUUUACAAACUAUAAAUAAGCAUGUACUUUAACGAUAUCAAUUUAGUUUUUGAAAUAAAAAAGUACUGAACGAAAAAAAAAAGGUUUGUGGUGAUUUGAUUGAUUUGAAACACAAGAAUUAAAAAAUAUGUUAUCACUUUUAAGUUAUUUUAAUUCAAAAUACACGAAGAGUUUACAAAAAAAUAAAACAGUUUUUAA